GCAGUGGAUGUCUGUUAAGCUUGGCCAUUACUUUUUGUGUCUUUUCCAUUUGGUGUUUUACUAAGAAUCUUCCUUUGCCUACCCAUGGCCAACCUGUUUUCCUGGUUCCCACAAUGACUUUGUGCAUAUUUAACCCCCCCAAAACACUCCCAGUUUUUUUGCCUAGCUUUCUAACACUUGCUGCCAUUCUUGGAACCCAUUAUAUUCAAACGUUUACUGCUUUCUUAGCUAGUUUGUGUUUUCUUUGACCCUAUGCAUAGGAGAGGCAGAAGAGUCAAGCGCUCUGAGGCCUUCUGGCCAUCCAUUGUGAUGAAGAAAUGGCUCAACAUACAACCUAAGGUGUAUGAUUUUAGCGAAGAUGAGAUUGACACUGAGAGUGAAGAUGAUGCUUGCUCUCUGAAAGACGAGAGGGUGAAUGAAGAUCAUGGCUGCCAUGGUGGAGGGGAGGGGAAGGCUUCUGAUGACUGCUUGUCCGACCAAAUUUCUGUUAAACCUUCCACGGAAUAUUCACUGAGGCACAGGAGAGGGAAAUCUGAAACUCUGCGUGUUCAGUACAUAAGCACAAAAGAUGUGAGAGUCACGGUGGGCACGUGGAACGUUGCUGGGAGGGUCCCGGGUGACGAUCUCGAGAUUGAAGACUGGGUUUGUAUGCAAGAACCAGCAGAUGUUUAUAUCCUAGGGUUCCAAGAGGUUGUGCCUCUGAGUGCUGGGAAUGUGCUGGGAGCUGAGAACAGAAGGCCAAUUCAGAAAUGGGAAGCCAUAAUUCGGAGAACACUGAACAAGACUUCUGAGCCUGCAGAAACUAAGGUCAAGAGCUACAGCGCUCCUCCCUCGCCCGUGCUCCGGACUUCUUCUGCUUCUGACAUUAUUGCUGAUGCAAUUGGUGCUCCCGUCUUGGACGCCAUGUCAGACGAGUCGAUAGACCCUUCUUGCGUUGCUGUGCCAGCACCAAUGAAUCUGAACUCGAAGAGGGUUUAUGGGAUUGGCAGCGAGGUUCGAUUGGAUUGGCCCGAACGCCCCCUGGAUGCUGCAAAUACACAAGCUCUUUCCUCAAGCUUCAAGCUUAGAAGGGUGCUGAGCAGUUCUGCCCGGUUUGGAUUCGAAAGCGUGGACAAUUCUCUGUGUUUCGCGCCUCGUGGAUUAGUCGGUGGGGGGCUUAAACGAGGCCACCAUAGCUCUGGAAACUUGGGAUUGAUGUCUAUGGCUAAACCUCAAUUACAGCUUCAACAAGAUCAUCCUGUAGAAGAAGUUGAUUUUCUUUCUGACAGCAGCUCUGAUGAGUUCUCUGAAGAGGAGGAGGAAGAUUCUUUCAUGGAAUUCCCAGAGCUCCAUAAAGAAACUCUUCCUGUUAAGGUUGUAAAGAAAUCACAUCCCAAGUAUGUUCGUAUCGUGAGUAAACAGAUGGUUGGGAUUUAUGUUUCGGUUUGGGUACGAAGAAGGCUAAGAAGGCACAUAAACAACUUGAAAGUCUCUCCUGUUGGAGUUGGAUUGAUGGGAUACAUGGGGAAUAAGGGAUCUGUUUCAGUGAGCAUGUCUCUUUUCCAAUCACAGCUAUGCUUUGUUUGCUCACACUUAACAUCUGGGCAGAAAGAUGGAGCUGAGCAUAGGAGAAACUCCGAUGUGAACGAAAUUCUAAGGCGAACGAGUUUCUCAUCCGUGUUCGAUACAGAAGCUGCUGAUAAUCCCCUAACGAUCCCAUCUCACGAUCAGAUAUUCUGGUUUGGAGAUCUGAAUUACAGAAUCAGCCUGGCAGAUAGUGAAGUGAGAAAGCUCGUUUCACGAAAGCAGUGGGACGAGCUCCUCGAUCAUGAUCAGCUGAGCAAGGAGCUAAGAACUGGGCAUGUUUUCGAUGGCUGGAAAGAAGGAGCCAUCAACUUUGCACCAACUUACAAAUACGAGUUCAACUCAGACAGAUACAUCGGGGAAACCCCGCGAGAAGGGGAGAAGAGGAGAUCCCCAGCAUGGUGUGAUCGAAUACUAUGGUUGGGGAAAGGCAUAAAACAGCUGUUUUACAAAAGGGCAGACAUAAGAUUAUCAGACCAUAGACCAGUGAGUUCUAUGUUCACAGUCGAAGUAGAAAUCUUUAACCAACGAAAGCUCCAACGAGCCCUCAACGUCAAAGCUGCAGCUAUACAUCCUGAUAUUUUGCUUCUUGAUGAGAUUUAAAAUAUAUAUAUAUAUAUAUAGAUGAUUACCAGGUUUGCUGAGUUAUCUUUUUGCAGAUCUGAACUAGAUUGGAUUAAGGUUGUUUGAAUUGACUGGGAUAAUAUAAUGCUCCAACUUUUGGUUUAAAUCAAACCUAGUCCAAUAGUUUGCAAUAUUUUUUUAUUUUUGAAUCUAUAUAUAAAACUUUGUGAGGCAAAAGAGGGACCAUAAAUUCAUUAAAUUUUGUCAUGCUCCUCCUUUUGGAGUGUAUCAGAGAAAAGAUGGGAUAAAAAGAUGUCUGUAAUACUGUAAAUUAUUACUAACUGUAUGUAUGGAAGUGUGGUUCUUUUUCUUUUAAUUUACAGUUAUGGGUAAUGCUUCUUUC